UAUCUAAACAGGUGCAGCGUUUCUCUUGGCCACGCCCAUCCCGGAAAAAUCGGCGAUAUUUUGGUUGACGGUGACGUGGAUACGGCGGCGCGGCGCCUCCUCCCGAGUCAUUCGGAUGUGUUAAAGAAGUAAAUCGACCUGUUUUUUAAUAACUCUGGAUUCGGCGAUACGCGCAGAUAUGCGGCUGUGUGUGUUCUUUGCUUGCUGAGCGGACAGGGGGGAUAAAGCCCGCCGGCUGCCCGGGAGGACUCCUGCACUACAGGCGGCGGAAACAGGUUUUUGUUGCAUUUCGCUUUUCACGGAAGCGUUUCGGCUUCACGCAGGCUGGCGGCAGAGAGCCGUUUAUUCCCGGAUCUUGGACCAUGAUGGCGACUCUUGGCUCGAUCACGGGCUCUUGGCUCCUUCUCCUGUGCCUGUUUCCACAAGUGUCCUACACAGCCACUUAUAAAGAAGGGGAGCCCAUGGUUCUUUACGUGAAUAAAGUGGGGCCUUAUCAUAACCCCCAGGAAACCUAUCAUUAUUAUACACUCCCCGUCUGCAGACCCAAAGAGGUGCACCAUAAAGCCUUAAGUCUGGGAGAGGUUUUGGAUGGUGACAGGAUGGCAGAGUCUUUAUACAAAAUCAACUUCAGGGAAAACACAGAAAAGCAAACACUAUGUCAGCUUACACUGUCGGAGAAAGAGGUGGAUCAGUUGAGAGAAGCAAUCGAAGAGCUAUAUUACUUUGAAUUUGUUCUGGAUGAUAUUCCAAUCUGGGGAUUUGUGGGAUACAUGGAAGAAAGUGGUUUUCUGCCUCACAGUCACAAGGUUGGCUUGUGGACCCACUUAGACUUCAACAUUGAGUAUAAUGGAAACUCUGUGAUCUUUGCCAACGUGUCCGUUAAAGAUGUGAAGCCGGUGCCUUUGGAGGAGGGAGCAGGCGAAGGUGCAAACCACAAUAACGGGGGUCUCUUGGUGACCCACACCUACAGUGUCCACUGGUUCGAAAGUCCCUUGCCCUAUGCGCGCAGAGCCGAGCGCCUCCGAGACUACUCCUUCUUCCCGAAGACGCUGGAGAUCCAUUGGCUGUCCAUCAUUAACUCGUUGGUGCUGGUGGUGCUGCUGCUAGGCUUCGUUAUCAUCAUCCUCAUGAGGGUGUUAAAGAAUGACUUUGCAAGAUAUAACGUAGAAGAAGACGGGAGCUGUGACGAUCUGGAUCAGGGGGACAACGGCUGGAAGAUCAUUCACACAGACGUCUUUCGGUUUCCUCCCUACAAAAUCUUGCUGUGCGCCGUGCUUGGAGUAGGAACGCAGUUUCUCACCCUGGCCACCGGAAUUAUCAUCAUGGCACUGCUGGGGAUGUUUAACGUGCAUCGACAUGGAGCCAUCAACUCUGCGGCGAUCGUAUUGUAUGCACUGACUAGCUGUGUAUCUGGGUACUGCUCAUGUAGCUUCUACACGCAGAUCCACGGUCAGCGCUGGGUUUGGAACAUCAUCCUCACCUCCACGCUUUUCUCUGCGCCUCUCUUUCUGACUUGGAGUGUAGUAAACUCUGUACACUGGUGGAGCGGUUCCACUCAGGCACUCCCUGCGACUACAGUGCUCCUGUUGCUAGGUGCUUGGGUGCUGGUUGGGUUCCCGCUUACAGUGAUUGGAGGGAUCGUGGGUAAAAACCGGUCUGGCAGCUUUCAGGCACCGUGCCGCACACGCAACAUUCCACGUCAGAUUCCAGCACAACCGUGGUAUAAACACACGGCUGUGCACAUGGCCAUCGGGGGAUUCCUGCCUUUCAGCGCCAUCUCCGUGGAGCUCUACUACAUAUUUGCGACCGUGUGGGGUCGGGAGCAGUACACGCUGUACGGCAUCCUGCUGUGCGUCUUUGCCAUCCUGCUGUCCGUGGGAGCGUGCAUCUCUGUGGCCCUCACCUACUUCCUGCUUUCGGGUGAAGAUUAUCGCUGGUGGUGGCGAAGCAUCCUGAGCACCGGGUCCACCGGCCUGUUCAUAUUCGCGUACUCUCUCUUCUACUACUGGAACCGAUCGAGCAUGAGCGGUCUGGUGCAGAGCACAGAGUUUUUCGGCUAUUCCUUUCUCACCGCGUUCGUCUUCUCACUCAUGCUCGGGACCGUUUCGUUCUGGGCCUCGCUCACGUUUAUUCGUUACAUCUAUCGCAGCCUGAAAAUGGACUGAAGAUGGGUGCGAAUAGCACCGUCCACUAUUUUUUGUCUGUUGCUGGACACUUUAUCGUGAAACUUGUGAGAAUGGACGAUCGGUGGUUUUUCAGGAAACUGAUUGUAAACCAUCUCUUUAAGAAAUUUGAGAUUUAUCUCAAAGAAAGACUAACGCUUUAAAUUCAUACGAGAUCUAUACAGUUAAAUUAUAAGCAAAUAUUUGUUGACAUUACAAUAUUUGUAUUUGAAUGACAUGAAAGCAGAGUGGAAAAACUAUAGCAUGUUCAACAAAAGUUUACUAAAAUUGAAUCUGACUCGUAUAGUAAUGAUAUUUAAUUAUUUUUUUUCCAAAUGCAGAGUGCAUUCAAUCAGAACUAGGUAGUUUAUACGGGGUUCAGAAACCAGAUUUUUUUUUUUUUUUUUUUUGCUAUGGGAUGUGAUGUUUGUCAUGUAGAUCGGGUGUGUGCGUGCAUGUGAGUGUGUGUGUAGGUGUGUACGUACAUAUAUCAAUGCAUAUGUGUGCAAAAGGGGUCGUCUUUUUAUAUAAUACAGUGAAAUACACAGAGGUGUAUGUGAACAGCGAGGCAGUGAGAGGAGCUGAAUAACCACAGAGGAGACAGUUUUAAAAAGGAAUAUUUAAAACAAUAAGACCAAUGAGAAAGAAACCAGCGAAUGUUAAAGCUAUAUUAAAUCUGUUAAAGCAGUAUUAGUAAGCAUAAAUAAACAUUCAAGCCAGGAGCUGUCUAGUUUAAGGUCUGUGAGUGUAGGGACGUCUUAACUGUCUGUGGAGUGAGACGGGAGAACAGUCUGCAAGAUCAAGGUUUUAUUAUCAGAUGUGGAAGCAAUAUGUUCUACUAUACACCAUUUACUGUGAUCUUAUUUCAGAUGUACAUAUACAAUCUUUUCAAUAAAGCUACCUUUUUCCUAC